UGUCAUGUGUUCUUGUUAGGUAGGGAGUAUUAGUUUAAGAAGUAGCUGGGUAUGGCUAAAGCAAUCACUACUAUCAUCCAUUAAAGGGUUGAAUUUCAACGAACUCUUAUCUCCCAGAGCCUGAGCUAAGCUAUGGAAGAUUCAACUCAAACUACAGGGAAGCCCAUUCGAUGCAAAGCUGCUAUUUGUCGAGAGCCUGGUCAGCCAUUAGUGAUCGAAGAGGUUUUUGUGGCGCCACCGAUGCCUGGUGAAGCUCGGAUUCGGAUUAUAUGUAGCUCGCUCUGUCAGAGCGAUGUCACUUUCUGGAAAAUGAAGGGAUUUCCUGGAAUUUGUCCAAGAAUUUUGGGUCACGAAGCAGUAGGGGUUGUGGAGAGUGUAGGGGAAGAUGUGAAUGAAGUAGUUGAAGGAGAUACAGUGAUCCCAACAUUCCUUUCAGAUUGUGGGGAGUGCUUCGACUGUAAAUCAAAGAAGAGUAACCUCUGUUCGAAAUUCCCCUUCAAGGUCUCACCUUGGAUGCCAAGAUAUGAGUCAACCAGAUUCACAGACCUCAAAGGAGGCCCUCUGUACCAUUUUCUGUCUGUGUCCAGUUUUAGUGAGUAUACGGUGGUUGAUAUCGCCAAUCUUACCAAAAUUAGUUCUGAAAUCCCUCGAAAUAGGGCCUGCCUCCUCAGUUGUGGGGUUUCAACAGGGGUGGGUGCUGCUUGGAGAACAGCUGAGGUGGAGGCAGGGUCUACUGUUGUAAUUUUUGGAUUGGGCUCAAUUGGUUUAGCUGUUGCAGAGGGGGCAAGACUGUGUGGAGCUGCCAGAAUUAUUGGUGUCGAUGUGAACCCUGAUAAAUUUGAACUUGGAAAGAAGUUUGGGCUCACAGACUUUGUCAAUGGAGCAGACUGUGGGGACAAGUCCGUGAGCCAGGUGAUCAUGAGCAUGACUGAUGGGGGUGCAGAUUAUUGUUUUGAGUGCGUUGGACUUGCAUCCUUGGUUCAAGAAGCAUUUGCUAGCUGCCGAAAGGGUUGGGGAAAGACGGUUGUGUUAGGUGUGGAUAAGCCAGGGGCACAAGUGACACUUCCCUCAUUUGAUAUCCUACAUAAAGGGAAAAGCUUAUUGGGAUCCUUAUAUGGAGGACUGAAACCUAAAACUCAUAUUCCUAUCCUCCUCAAGCGAUAUACAGACAAGGUGAUACAUGAACUUCAGCUGGAUGAGUUUGUGACUCACGAGGUCAAGUUUGAAGAAAUCAACAAAGCUUUUGAUUUACUCAUUGAAGGGCAUUGUCUCAGGUGUGUGAUCUGGAUGGACAAAUGAAUACAACUCCUGCUGGCCAGUACUUAGCCACUGCAUAUAAACUCCUUCUCAUUUAUAACAUAAUAAGUGUUAUGGUAACACAUAUUUCUGAAAUGUCAUUUUCUUAAACAUUAUGAUGAACCUCUUCUUUUCGAUUGUGGAUGUGCUCGGUUGCGUUUUGUGAGGCUUUUUUGUUCAUAUAUAAGCUUAAUGAAUCUGAUUAGUAUGUUUUAAAUUAA